AAAGCUCACGAUAAAGAGAGAAGGAUAAUAACGGAAAGAAGAUCAACUAUGAAAACCCUUUUUUGCCUCUAACCCUCAAUUAUAAUUUAUUACUCUUUUUCUCUCUCCAGAUUCAUCCAUUCCUGCUCUCUAUCUCUAAAGUUGAACAAUUAUCACACACAAUUUCAGAUAAUUAUCAUCAACUUACCAUCGCUCGAUUUCAGAGUGAGAAAUACAAGUAUUGCGCGCAAAUUAAAGUUUUUUCGACGAGAUCGAAACUUUGAUCUUCCAAAAAAAUUGAAGUCCUUAUCUGUUAGCUAAGGAUCAAGUUAGGGGUUGCAUUUGAAGAUCUUGAAUGGCUGAAAAAGCUUGUGUAAAGCGUCUUCAAAAGGAGUUCAGAGCACUUUGUAAAGAGCCAGUACCUCAUAUUUUUGCCCGGCCUUCUCCAAAUAACAUUCUCGAAUGGUAUUAUGUACUUGAGGGAAGUGAAGGAACACCUUUUUCAGGUGGAUAUUACUAUGGCAGGAUAACAUUUCCAUCUGAAUAUCCAUUCAAGCCACCAUCAAUCAGGAUGACAACUCCGAAUGGGCGGUUUGCAACUGAUACAAAGAUAUGCUUGUCUAUGAGUGAUUUUCAUCCAGAGAGUUGGAAUCCAAUGUGGUCAGUAUCCAGCAUUCUUACAGGGCUACUCUCAUUCAUGAUGGAUAAAAGCCCCACUACAGGAAGCGUCUCAACAUCUGUUGAGGAAAAACAAUGUUUGGCGAAGGCUUCACUUGCUUUCAAUUGUAAGAACCCUACUUUCAGGAAAUUGUUUCCGGAGUAUGUGGAGAAGUACAAUGAGCAUAUUGCAGAGCAAGCUCGGUUAGAGGCAGCGUCGAUGACUACACAAGAAGAAUCAUCACUUCUCAAUUCGGAUACACUUGAUAAUAACAUGCAAGCGAAUGUAGCGAAAGCAGAUGGAGACAGAAUAAAUAAUCGAAAGCAAUCAGUCCCGACAUGGGUGCUGUUGUUGCUCCUCUCGAUAUUUGGUUUAGUAAUGUCUUUGCCUUUUCUUGAACAUUGAUGUCCAUCCCUAAUCUAGGCCCUCCUGUGAGAAAUCUUCAAACUGACAAGUUCGUAUAGAUGUGUAUGUGAGCUGACCGUAUUUUUCACAUCCAAAGUUUACUUUUUCUGGCGUUUCACUGUCUUGUGAUGUAUUUACAGUAACUUGUACAGUCAAUGGGAUGUUUUUUACCUUUUACUUCCUCUCCUUUUUUCUCUGGUCGAAUUGUUGUGUGUAAGUGAUGACUGUCUUCAUUUAUUAAGAAAUUUAUUUUUAUGA